AUGUUUAUAGCGCCACUUAUCACGCUACUAUCGGCGAUUGUGCCAUUUGCAUUACUGGAUUCUACGUCCACGGCAUUUGUCGAUAACCCGUUACUGAUCAGUUUCCAUGGCGACGAUGAUGACUACUAUAACGUCGGUGUUGACGUUGGCGGCCGUCCGUUUGAAGUCCGUUUAGACAUCAACCAGCCCGAGCUCUGGGUGAUGGACGAGCGCCUGUUCCCGCACUGCUCCGAUGUCCAGAACUGGUGGAGUUCGGUCGACUCUCAGUACCCGCUGCUGAUCCCAGAAACCGUCACCACCGAGGCGUUGUAUACUGCUGGGGCGUGUCUUGAUCAGCCUGGAUACCAGCCGCCAGCACUGAUGGCGUCGCCGUUAGUGGCUCAGACUAAUGGUGCUGCGGUUAACGUCCCCUACAUCGCCUCUACUAAUGCGCUGGGGGUGUGGGCUACCGAUAAGGUGGGGAUCAAUUUCACUAAUGGACUGGUGGCUCGGUGGCUGAAUUUUACUUUUAUUGAUGUGAAAGAACUGUCACUACUAUACGGAGGGUUUGGCCUCGCUACUAACCCCAGAGGCCUGGGGCUUUUAACAUCAUUACAACAACUGCGCUUUAUUAAACUGCCAGGUUAUCUGUUGUGGUUUGGCAACACUACGCGUUAUAAUGUCAAUGUUACCACUCAAAAAUACGGUUAUAUCAUUCCCGGGGUGGUGGACCCACUGCGGUACGUGGGCACUUUGUACCUGUUUCCUGUUGUCGGUCACAAGGGUUUCCGCUACCCUCAAGAGCAAAACUACGAUAAUUCUGUGGUGGGUAAUUUGAACCUCCCCAUCGUCGUGUUGGACAACUUGGAGCUCCUCAACCCCAAAGACGGCCUGGUGCUGUUCAUCUCCAACACCAACGUCGCCCCCUUCCCCGUGGCGUUAAGUCUGCGGCUGAUCUUCUCAUUUUUACCCAACCUGAUUCUCAUCGAUUUAGCCAUCCAGACCAACGCCUACUACCUGGCCGACGUCAGCCGCUGGCUUGUUGGUUGCGAGGCGAUCAGAAACGCCCAGGCGCGUAUUCGCUUCAAGUUUAACGACUUGGAGAUCACGAUGCCCCUUGAAAAUUUGAUUGAAAACGCCAUCUUUGGCGGCAAGCAGCUUAAAUUCCAGGACGACCAGAGCGCGUGUACCCUUCUCGUGUUGUCACUGGACCGCAACGGCGCCGCUUCUCUCGGCUUACCCUUCCUCGAGCACGUGUACAUGGUGAUGGACAAUGAGGCCGGCCACGUCGCCCUCGCUCAGCGCCAGGAAGCCACUGAAGACGAUAACCCCGCGCGUGUGGCUGAUGAUGCUGCUGCCAGAGGUAACAGUACCGAUAACGCUACGGCUCCUGAUAACGCCAACGCUCGUGCCGCCACUCCUUCAUCUUCUCUAAGCAAAUCAAGCACUACACGUACGGCUGCCUCAGCCGCCUACAUUGAGAACGGGUUCAUCCCCUACGCCGAGCUGGUGACCACCGAUACCUCGUACGUGUUCACUUACUCUCAGGUGAACUCGCUCGUCAUUGAUGCUCUGCAAGUGCCAGCACGGUUCCUGGGGGCGCUUGUCAGCGAUGGUGCCUACAUCAUCACUGGCUACUACGCCACAGGGCUGGGUGUCAGUACAGUGAACACUAACCCAGCGGAACUGCUGAGUAGCCGUGGUGAGGGUAGUGGCAAUAGUGGCACUGUGGGAGCCACUCGAGCGGUGAGCAUGGCUGCGGUGUGGACGGUUAUGGGGUUCUUGGGGGUUAUUUGCAUGAUAUAA